GCAUUUGCGUCAUUCACGCAAUUGUUUCGUGAUUCUUGGGAGAAGAUUAGUCGUCAAUGGGUCUCGAUUAGAUAGUACUCUCGUAGUCCGAUGUCGUUCCGAUAACAUUUUCGGCAUGACUUUGCGACCUCGCGACUGAUCCUCUCGGCGGAUCCCGCGAACGAUCCCGUUGACCAUCAUCGAGGUCAACGCGUACAGCUCUCUCUCGUGCGCGUAGUGAUGGCAGCGUCGCGUUGCGCAGAAGGAUGAACGGUGUGACAGCUGACUAAAGCGACGGUGGCAACUCGCGUCCUCGCGUCCUCGCAUCCUCGCGCUUAGUACAUCUGUACUCACUUUGCACUUGCGAGCCUUAACAUAUCUACGCACGUAGACGCGCUGGAUCGGAUCACGAACGAGUCUUCUAGAGGGCUGUACCGGAGCAGUGGCUCUGUAUCUAGCGAUCAUGGAACAGAUGAUCGCGCUUAGUACACAAAAUCCAUUGUCGUUGUUGGUUAAAUUUGGCAUGAUGGCCUGGAACAACAGCUGCGGCAACGAUAACUGCUCUGGUCAUGGGGAAUGCCACAAUGGGACUUGUCUGUGUGAGAUCCAGUUUGAUGGACCAGAAUGCCAUAUCCCAAAUCUGAGCUACUAUGUCGCUUUUGCCUCAAUUUUUUUCUUCCUGGCUUUCGUCUGCCUGAUACAGCUCGUCAUGUGCAUCGUCGCCGAAUGGCAACGAAUGAAGGCGCCAUCCUUUCUAAGAGCAUGCAGGGUCACUAAUCAAAAAGUGUUGUAUUUUGUAGUUUUCCUUGCAUCAGUCAUACGAGGGGCAUACUUUACUUCACCGACCGCUUUCAAGGAGGGUUGGUCCAGGAGUUUGCUGUCGGCAUAUUAUCCAUUGCUCUUGAGUGGGUCGUCGUUGAUUGUUUGCUUCUGGGCUGAAGUGGUUCAUCUAAGAGAUAUUCGCUGGGAAAAACCUCAAUUUUUAUCAAAAUCCUUUCUGGCCUUUGUUGUCUUUAACAUAAUAACAUAUUCUCUUUUACUAGCAGAAUUUAUUACAGCUCAGACCUAUUCGCAAGUAGAUCAAAGCUUUUAUACACACGUAUUCAACGGUUGUUACGCAGUGCUUCUGUUUAUUGUAGUGGUCUUCUUCUUGAUAUAUGGAGUGGAAGUAUUUUUUAAAGUUCGUGGUGGAUUUUUAAAUGAAUGUCAAGUUGCGUCUAUCGCGACAAAUAAACGCGUAGCUGAUACGACAAAAAAUCAUGCUGAAGAUCAAGUGACGGCGAAGCUGUUUGACUCAGGUCCAUCUACAUCUACGGCGGAGCCUGUGCAUAUGCAACAAGUAAAUACGUCGCAAUUACAUCAGUCGAGAUUUGGAUUACUCUCGCAAGCAUUCAUGCUGUUUAUAGUGGUUGGCUUUUUGUUCAGCGAGACCCUCAGUGAAUUUUGGAAAACAAAGGUGCCAUUGUACAGCAGGAAUUGGCAUGAUGUCGUAUUUCGUGUUAUUGAAGUUGGCGUAGCGCUAUGGUUUCCUUGUGUAUUAUGGAAUUGUAUGAGUCCAGAGCAAUUGUGGAUUCUGAAUCCAAAGCGUAUAUUGAAGAGACUGGAUUUGGACCAGGGAAAACACAUAAAGGAAAUCGAGUUGCAGGAAAAGGGUGCCUCUCAAGACACCGCAUUCCUUUCAGAUACAGCAUCGAUCAAUAGCAAAGAUUGUUGGAUUUGUUAUGAUAGCGACAGACAGGAUGCCGGUCCAUUGAUACAACCGUGUCAGUGUAGGGGUGAUGUAAGCGCUGUACAUCACGAUUGUUUGCGUCGUUGGCUCCUCGAGAGUUCUGUAAAUGCCGAUAGUCUCAUUUGUAAAGUUUGCAAUACGAAAUAUAACGUUGAACAUGCUAGCCGUUUGGAUUGGCAAAACAGUUUGACUCCGCGCCAUUGUUUGCAAACUAUUGCCAUUGUUACCACGAUGUGCGCAUCUUCUGCCGCCGCUUGGAUAGUUAUCCAACUUGUAGAAGGGCCCAUUAUUAGAAUGCUUGCAGCCGGAACUGCACUACUGAUUAUGUACGUCUGCAUAAGGUUCUUAAGUUUGAAUACCGUUGUGGCGUAUCAACGAGCUAAAAUUUCGUCAUUAAAUAUUGUUAACAGUGGUAAUGAGAGCGAUGGGACUGCACAUGUUACUACAAUUAGUCAUACAAUUUCGGUGGACUUAACGAAAUCGGACAUGGCUACGAUAUAAGUCUAUACUUGCCAUUGUGUGUACAAACACAAGCAUCUUCCUACUUGAGAUAAAAAGAUUCAAAAUAGGAAGAGUACCUACUCUAGGUAAUAGAAUAAUAAUACGGAUGUGUACGCUUUUUAAGCGUAUGUAAUGUACAAAGCGACGAUGAUUGAGAUACAGUAUGUUUUCGCUGAGUUUUUGUAUGCUUCUUAUAUAAAAUAAUGAAGUUUCAUAAAUUGCGAAUGAAAAAACUGAGAAAAAAUAUACUGUAUCUACAUUUUCGAUAGAUUUAGGAAAGUUGCCAAACUUCCAUAUUUUACUUCUCCUGAUUGUUUCAUCAUAUGACAUUCAUGUAUUCAUGUAUUCAUUAAUGUUCAUAUGUUCGUUAUACAUAUAACAUACAUAUAAUUUAUACAUUUACAAGGUAUCACAAAACGUGGACGAGAUAUGUUGUAAUUUCAAUUAUUUCGUUUCGUUGGAGAUACUAAUACGGCGUUAAUAAUUUAUGUUUCACAUUUAUAUACGAGCAGUAAAAAUUUGAAUAUCAAAUAUUUCAAAAUUGCUGUGAAAAUUGGUAAAAAGUUUAGAGUAUGUAUACUCUAAGAUAAAAAAUAUAUCAGUAGUAUAAGCAAUCGCUGUUUAAAAUAAUGAGCGAUUUUUGAUCGUAGAUAUGAAUAAGAUAUUUCAUUGGUGCAAUUUAUCUAAUAGUAUUUAUAAUUACGUUAAUUUACUACUAAGUAUUGAAUAUUUAAAAGGAAUGUUAUAUAAGAAUAUGACAUAGUCAUUUGUAGAUUGUUAAGAUAUACAAGACAUAUACAAAAAUAGAUUCUUCAGUACAAGUAAAUACCAUAUAAAUUAUUUCUCAAGACGUAUAUACAUAUAUAUAGAAAGUAGAGUCUUCAGUAACUAAAUCACAAUUAAAUAAGAAAAAUUACAAUAAGAGAAAGAUUGAUAUGUUGUAUUUUUCAAAUUGCUGUAUUAUUUGUCUUACAUUUUCAUUAUUUUCAAUAUAAAAAAAGACAUAAGUAAAUCUCCAUCUCUAUUGUCUCAAUCUGUAUUGAUAGAUUAAUAAUGACAAAACUUUGUUAUAAAUUGAAAAUGAAAUAGUAUAAUGUUAAAGCUUUUGUUUGACUUUUUUUGUUAUAUUAAGAAGUUAUUAAAAUAAGAUUAAGAAAAUUGGUUAAAAAUGCAAUAGCUGUGGUAACAUUGUAUAAAUCAUAUCUUCAAUAAUUACAUUAAUAAUUUGGUUAAAAAAACUAAGAAAAAUUAGUUCAAAAUGCAUAAAAAAAUUUUUUUACAAUGAUAAAACUUAUGUUAUUUCUAGAAGCGCUUCUUUAGUUAUAGAUGAUAUAUUUCAUUAUUCAUAUAUAUAUAUAUGUAUAUAAAAUUAUAAAAUUUUUAAUGACCUUAAUAUAAGAAUUAUUUCCUUUACGAUCUUUUGUAUAAAAAUAAUGAUAAUACACAUUAUGCAAUAACAUAUUACAUUUCGUAUAAUUCUGAAGUUGUCAUGUACAUGAUAGUUACUUUAAUGUCUUAACAAUUAUUCAAUUUUAGAAAGUAUUGAAGCAUUAGAGAACAAUCCAAUACUGAUUAAAGGUUCCAUAUUAAAUAGAUUUUAAAUGAAAAAGAAUUUAUUUAAUUGUAUCAAAUAACAAUCGUAAAAUGGAGUUCUUAAAAGGUCAAGUAGUAGAUAUAAUACAGUGUUACAGCUACAGCGUAGAUAUAAUACAGUAUUAUAGCUACCUAUAUUGUUAAAACAGAAAAAUGUGUAACAAUAGUACGCUUAUCUAAUAAUAAGUAAACGAACAAAUUUGUUACUAUGCUUCGUUAUUUAUAUUAAGGCACAACGUUAAUUAGGAUUUUCUACUAAUUUGAUUUAAAAUCAUCCAUUUAUUAGUCGCAUAUAAUUUGGAAAGUUGGAAAAUAUUUUAUUUUAUUUGAAUUUUGUGGCAAGAACAAAAUUACUUUCUUAAUUUUGAAUAAUUUAUUUUUAUUUCUUCUUAUGCGAAUAGAACUUAGAAAUGCUUAUCAUAAGUGAUAAACGUCUUCAUAAUAUCGAUAUGUUCACCAGCAUUAAGUUUAAUAAAUAUAUAUCGAAAAUUUAUUAAAUAAUAAUAGUAAUAAGCUGUGAUAAUAUCAUAUGAUAUAAGAUGUUCAUAUUAAUGGCUAUGUAAUAAAAUAAAUUAUAACACAAAA